AUGGAGACCCAGUUCAUCCGGCAUCAUGGAUUAUCCGCGCGUCCAUUCAGCGAAGAUCAAAUGGCUUUGCCUCGCGGCUACAGUUGCAGGCCCACCAAGUGGGUUCCAGGACACAUUCUUCGCAUGCACGGCAAAGCGUUUCGAGAUUUACGUUGGCCCAGCCAAAUGGAUCCGACAAACGAACUAAAUCCGGCCGACGAAUGGGCAGGUCCUGCUCACCGCGCCGAGAACGCCGUCCAUUCCGUUACUGGGAAGAGUCCCGCGCUUCUAUUUAAAUCUCGUUCGUUGCGUACGAGUCUUGACUGUGCCAAAACGGCUGAUGUCACAUUUUUCAAGGGUAAUGAUUUACGACCCGCAACAGGAAUAGUGCUUUCAUCAAAUGGCAAACGAAUGGUCACAAUUCUCGAUUUGGAUGAUCUCUCUUGUCAUCGGAGACACAUUGACCAGGUUGAGUUCAAUACCAGAGGUCAGUCUGUUAACGGCACUCCUGCUGUUUCAAAUACUAAUGAGUCCUUUGUAGAUGAUCUUGUGGUAUCCGAACAAAAUGCUGUAUCUGAAGAACGUACUACCUGUGAAGAUUCUGAAGUUUCCAUUCCGAGAAGAUCCGAAAGAUUGCGGUCAAGACCACCACUGGACUAUAAACACCCGCACGCUCAUUCAAGCGAUGAGCAGAAUCUGCGGAAGCUUCUCUCCGGUGUUGACGUCGGCGAUAAAACACCGUCACAACAUCUCCGCUACAUGAUACACCUGCAAGGUAAGCAUCCGGUAAACGACACAGUUUUGAAAGAACUCUGGCAACGAAGCCUGCCCACUGAAGUCCGUAAAGUCAUUUCUGUCAUCGAGCAGGAUGCUUCCUUAGCGAAGCUAGCCGAGGUGGCUGACCGCGUCCAUGAAACCUGCAGACAAUUCGUGGUCUCUAACGUUCAGCAACAAUCCACUUCGCAAUCUAACCAGGAGGUCGAGUUCAAUGCAAUGAAAGCUCAAUUUUCUGAGUUAUCCCUCCAACUGAAUGAAGUCACCAAACUCAUUGGUCGCCCUCAACGACACAGACGAUCUAGGUCUCGAUCCCACAGUCGUGCUCCCAAGCACAGUGACCAACCUGGCUGGUGCUGCUAUCGCCGUCGCUUCGGCUAA